GGGGCAGUGCGCGAGCGCAAGUCGACACAGACGCACGUGUUGCGCGCGCCGCUCCCGUUUCUGACCCCCAGAUUAUAUGACCUUUACCGGAGAAAUACCCAUUCGUGACUUGGACUUGUUAAAUUAGUGAUUUGUGUAUUAAUCGAUUUGAACUUUGGAAUUUAUUAUACGUUAUUUAUUACGGCUUUUGAGUGACUUUUUUAUUUAUACUGCUGUGAGAACUGUGUUUGUUGAGCGAUUUUUAAGGGAAUGACACUUUGAGUUGAUUUAAUUAGAGUAGUUUUCGUUUUUCAUGUAAUGUAUCUUAAAAUGUAUAUCAAGUCGGAACGAUUUUAUCAGCAGCCGGAAAACCAGACGCUUAAGGACGAAAGAUGCUUCUCGGAUUUUGAAGAAGAAUUCGAUGAUCGUGAAGGCGGCGGGGGCGCAGCUCGACGUUGCGCGCGCGAUGCGGCGUCGCCGGCGCAAACGCAUGCGCCGGCGCCUGCGCCACAAACACACACCGUCAAGAGUGAGAGGCUCAGUCCACAUGAAUCUAACGCAUCCAGAUCUCGCAGCGUGACACCGUCAACGUCGUCGUACCCCGGCACGCCGCCGGAGCGCGGCAGCCCGCACGCGCCGCCCGCGCCCGCGCACCCGCCGCGCAACUACUCGGACAUCAUGCGCUCGUUGGCGGCGCGCUACAACACGCAUCCGGCUAAUGAUUACUUCCACCGCGUGAACGGGUUCGGUCUGGAGCCGCGCGCGCCGAUACCGCAGGCCGACGUCAGCGACACCCCAGUGGGUGGCCUGUUCGCGAAGCUUGCCCAGCAGCAGGGCGGCCCGCCCCGGCUGCCCGCCUUCCCUGUCAUGAUGGACAUGAGCGCUACUAAGACUCUACUGGCGAUAUCGCGGGUGAGUCGCACGGGGCGAUCGCGUAGGAAACGCGUCGGUAUCGGCUCGGCUCCGGAACAUUCCCCGCUCGAUCUCUCCGCGGCGGGAGAGAGCGCGGCGAAGCGUGCGCGACUCUCCGCCAGCCCCAGCACGAGGAGCGAUGACGACAGGGACAGGGUGUCGAAUGAAGAUCGGAGUGAAACCCGCGACUGCCUGUGCGCGGAGGCGCGUGCGCGCGUUUCCGCUUGGUCCGUCGACGACGUGUGCGACUUUGUCAGCUCUAUAGACAUCUGCGCUGAGUACGCACCGAAUUUCCGUGAACAAAGGAUCGACGGUGCGGGUCUGCCGCUGCUAACCGAAGACCACCUCACGGGCAUGCUGCAGAUGAAGCUCGGGCCGGCGUUGAAACUCAGAGCGGUUUUGGCGCGGAGGCUCGAGCCUUGCGCCCAGUGUCAGGCCAACAUGCUCCUGACCGCCCCGGUCACACCGAACACACCCAAAAUCAACGGCGCCGCCUUGAAAUCCGAACCCAGAAGUAAUACGACCAGUCCUAGUUAAAGCUUGCAUUUAAGUAUACAUCCAACUACUGUUAGGUUAAGCGGUCUUUGUACUUAAUUGGCUAUUUUAUACGUUUCACCUUGUUGACUGCUCGACACGUAAAAUAUGUAGGUUUAUUUUUUAUCGGACUGUAUUUCUUGAUAUACUCGUAUUUUGCGUGGCAUCCAAUCAAUAAGCGUUUCGAGCGACGUCGUGUGACGUUUUACAUACAGCAUGUUGUUGGAGUUUUUACUUAGUUCAAAAUUAUAGACUUAAACGGUUGUUAUUGUUAGACCAACCAGUUUCUACUUUGCAUAUGUAACGAACAUCACAUACUCAAUGCUUGUAAUGAAAUGUAAAAUCGGACUGAGUUUAUUUACACAGUUUUCUAUCGAAAUAGUUUUCUAAUAUAUCGAUCCGUGCAUUGCUAUUGACAGCAACAUAUUUUCAAUGAUGACAACGUUUGCUUUCGUACCUUAAAGACACUAAGUCAAUCGGUUUCUAGAGUCUUCCUGUUUAUAGAUUAUUGCAUUUAGUUUCUACUUAAGCCUAGAAAUAUUAGCUAAGCGUUUGUAAAUAAUGUUAAUUGUUGCCGUCCAAAUAUUUUCGCUAUAUUUGGUAAGAUUUUGUGUUGUCAAUUGCUAAUUUAAUAUAAUUAACUACCUAACAAAAGAGCUGUUGCACGCAAGCGACAGAUGUGAAAAUUAUAUGAAGUUCGGUGCUAUUUGACCCUGUUAGAAAUAAUUUUAGAUGUAGAUUGUACUUGUAUAUAGAGGGCCUUUGUAAAGUUAUUCAUAUUGAGGCUACGUCUACUGAACACAGGGUCAUUACAAUCUGUAUAUAUUAUGCGAUAUAGUUUUAUCGAUGUAUGUUUACAUCACAUUAUAUAUAGCAUUUAUUUGUACCACACCUGAGUAAAGCUCAUUAUUUUCAUACCGCGUGUAUAGACGCCAAGCGGUUACAUUUUAAGUCGUCGGCUAAUUGAAUGUGAAUUUGUGGAUGUUAAAUUACAUUGUUUAGUCUAUUCGGCAGAUGGUGUUAGGUCUACUUUACUGCCGUAUAUACUGAGCAAUGAAAUGCUAAAUCGUUGUAAUAUCACAUUCUCUUCGUUGAAGGUAUUAGUUCAUACGUACGUGUAAAUUCUAUGCACAAUAUUCUCGCGAGUUGUUUUACCAUAUCUGUAAAUACGUACAGGUCUUAAUAGUUUUAGAAGGAAACAGUAUGUUUAGUUUUGUUUUAUUACCUGUGGUAAUCUCCUUAAUUGCCAAAAUAGAUGUUAAAAACCUGCAAAAGUUAAUGUAGCUUAUAAUCCGUUUUCUCCUACGAGCAUUAAACGACAUGUAUCACAAAUGUAACAAACCGUAUGUUUGAAAAAUGAAACUGUUUAAAGAGCUUAUACGGUGCUAACGCAUACAAAUUAAAAGACAAUUAUCUGUGCCUUAAUCCAGGUCUUCCUAAAUAUAUUUUUCUCUAAAUAAAUUACAGUAAUCUUAAUUAUUCAUUGUUAUAGUAUUACGGUUCUACGCUUUAAUCGGACAAUAACAAUAUCAUUUAUAAAUAAAAUAGGUUAAUUACGACGAAUUUGUAGUUAAUUAUUGUUAUAUAGAUUUGAAUGUUACUGCUUUUUAACGUAAUUUUACUGUGGACAAGUGACUUAUGUAAAUUGUACGUAUUUAAUUUUUGAUUGUCAAAUGGAUUCGUGUUAAACCCUAAAUAUCAAAGACAAGUAUAGAAUUGCAGCGAUUUUAUGUGAAAAUUUCCCGUUUUUUCUUUAUCGUCAUCAUCAUUAUUUGAGCCUUUUGUUUCCACUAGAGGGACACAGGUCUAUGAAGGUUUAUAUUUGUAUUAAAGGAAUAGUAUGAAAUUCGUAUGUUUAUCUUUAAUGUGUCAAUCAUUCCGUGACUUGCACACAAACUUUUAAAUACAUAGUAUACCCCUGGUUCUAAAUGUACUAUUUUCGUAUUGACAAUUUCCAGACAAACAGCGUUAAAUUUAAACGUGGUGUAUUAUAUAUUUAAUCGCAUUGUAGUAAUAGCAAACAGUUGAAAACAUCUCACUCGAAUGAUCACAUAGAUUAAUUGGGUUUACACACAUUUUCGGUUUUAAAAUAUAUCGUCUUUGAUAUUGAAUGUGCAUAAUAAGAAGACAAGAAUGAGGUUUUUUUUUUAGUCACUGUUUAAAUCCUUGUGAACAUUAAUAUUAAUUAAUUAUAUAGCCUAUGUAGAUCUUAAUUCCGGAUUAAGUUCGAUCCAUUUUAAGUAUUUAUGUGAAGGAGAAUAAAACAAUGAUUUUAUC